AUGUCGCCCGUCCACCAUGAAUGGCUCCAGAGGCAAAUUGGAACUAUCCACGAGUCAAUCAUUCAAGAUGACCGUAUACUGGCACAACCGUUCAUGGAGAAUGCAGCUCAUAAAGGGAUCGCGUUUCUCAAGUCGCUUCAGACUCUAGACCUUCCUUCGGGGGAGGCCGAUCCUGUCACGCAGGAACUCUUGAAGAUCGGGGCAGUCUUCGUGGAGACGUUAGUACUGUUAUGGGGCGCCUUGAAGCGACAUGAAGUCGAGGGUUCCGAUGCGCCGGAAUACUCAGAGACAUGCAAGAUCUUGAUAGAGGAUCUUGCCGUCGUGGUAGAGGAGGCUAGUAGACAUUCUGGAUUGCGGAUGCAAGACCCAGCAUGGCUUGCAGUUCAUAUGCAGUUCUCCGCUCUCCAUGAGCGACUGUGCGGGUACAAAAAGAAGGCUGAAGCUCUGCUUGCGCAAAAUCUCACUGUGCGUGAAACGUACGUACGUGGAAGGCGAGCCGAACGAUUGCUGGAACACGGAUCGAGUCGAGCACCCAGCCCAACCAUGCCACUGCCUCAGAUACCAAGCCAGACUGUGAGGUCUGAGCUGGACCAGGGACUUCGCCUCAUUCAUGACUUGACUGGACGUAUCAAGCUUCUAGGAUCCCAUCUUUAUCCUGUUGCGUGCGGUGGGUUCGCAGACAUCUGGGCUGGCGAAUGGAAUGGGCCUUCGGGUCAAUGCAAGGUGGCCAUCAAAGUCCCCCGUUUCCACACGCAGAGUGCCUCUACCCGUAGCAAGCAACAGAAACGGCUUCGUCGAGAACUUUCAAUUUGGCAGAAGCUUAGACAUCGCCAUAUUCUCGAGUUGCUCGGGACGACAACAGACAUUGGACCGCCAUCAUCCGUCGGCAUGGUGUGUCUCUGGGCUGCGAAGGGAAAUCUAAAUAACUAUAUGACAAAUUUCAAAGACACCAUGAAGCUCUCUGAACGCUAUCGAAUUCUAGAUGAAGUGGCGUCCGGCCUUUCAUAUCUUCACUCGUCCUCUGUGAUACAUGGAGAUCUGACGGGGUCGAAUGUCCUGCUAGAUGAAUCAGCAAAAUCAUGUAUAUGUGAUUUUGGCCUAUCCACUCUUAUCGCCGAGGUUCAAGACACCUCGUCCAACUCAUGCGUCACAGGGGCCGUUCGAUGGACAGCACCUGAAUUAUACAAAGUAGGCGAUCCCGACCAAGACGGGGCGGCAGCACCCAGACCCACUGUGUAUAGCGACAUCUUCUCGUACGGAAGGGUCAUGCUCCAGACAUUGUCGGGAGAAAUACCUUACCACUAUCUGAGAACGGAUGGCCAAGUAUUUUUUGAAUUAUAUCGGAAUUCAUUUCCGCGACGCCCUUUCCAGCCUUGGGUCACCGAUGCACAUUGGGACUUGAUGAAGGAAUGUUGGAUAGGAGUUCCGGAGGAGAGGCCGACGCUGGUGCGCAUCCAGGACUUUGUACGGACAUAUUAUGAGCUUCUCAUAUCCGUACCUUCUAUCAAUGACAUAAUUGACGGCGAGUGA